AUGCCUCGCCCGAUGAGUAAAAGACCUUCCCAGCCAGAGAAACACAGACAUGAAUCUUCCCGAAAGAACCACCCAAUUGCCUACUCCAGCUCAGAAAGCAGAUAUUAUUCCGAUGAGGAGGAGGAGUUUUACUAUUCGCGGUCUCUCCAGAGAGAGCAACACCAACAGAAACCUUCCCGAAAGAGCGCCUUAGAUGACCAUCCAAGCUCAGAAAGCAGACAUUAUCACAAGGAGUCAAACGAUCCACUAAGCGCCCAUCUGAGCAAAUUGUCUCUCAGGCGAGAGGAACACCGACAUGAAUCUACCCGGUUGAAAAGGGAAGAUGAGUGGUCUGGCUCAGAACCCGAAGACCAUCCUCAUUUGUUGAAGGAAAAAGAGCAAAGAUAUUACAAUCCUCGGUCCUCAACCAAUGGUACUUAUGGUGGGCAGCCAAAUGACAGCCCGUUGCUACACAACCCUGGCCGCCAAAGAGAAAUGCCAUGUUACUCGACCAGAAGUGAUAAAUUCGACCAGCGAAGGCCACAACCGGCAUACGUACCUAUGGAUUCUUCGCACUACAAUCAACAUAACUAUAGCAACUUUCCGGGGCACUAUGAUGCGCAACAACACGGGCCAGGAUACACGCAAACGCCAGGCUAUUCAUACAAUCAGCCUACCUGUCCAGACCCGGGGUUCUACCAUGCACAUUCCGGACCAGCAUUUACGCAGAUGCCGGGUCAAAUGCACCAUCAGUAUGGCUAUCCUUGUGAUCCGGCUGCAUUCUAUCAAAAGCAACAGCGCUCGGCGGAUAUGGCUGACGCAAAAGAAUGGCCUACGAGACCUGUUGUUCCCAAAGAGAUUCCGAAGGAAGAUAAGUUGAAGAUGUACAAGUACACUGAUAAUGACAAAGGGAAAUUCGCCUACAUUAGCAUGAAAGUCUAUUCGGUCUCCGACAGCGAAGAUUCCGAGAUAGGGUACCACCCUUCCAAUGGAGUAAUCAAGAAAACGCAAGCGACAGAACAACUAAUCGAGUUUAUGAGAGAUUUGGAACCGGAUGUGGUUGUCGAUGACAAUCCACCUGAUCACCGGGUUAAAGAGGCUUUAGAAAAGUACCCAUACGUGGAAGAGCGGAGGAGCGAAGAUGGCAAAAUUUAUGCAUACCAGUGCACGAGUAAUGUGCUGGAACGAUAUAUUGGAGCAAUAGCGGAGGAAAAUCGGAGGCAAGAGCUGCAUGAACGAUACAGCGAAGAGCCCCAAUUGCUAUUGGUGGAUAAGGCGACAUACGAGAACGAACAGAUCAAGCUUCGAGAGCGUGAGGAUAAAGGAAACAGCAAAUCUCGUUAA